UGUCUCAGUUUAAAAUGGUGAAUUACUCUUACGAUGAAGACCUUGAGGAACUGUGUCCAGUCUGUGGAGAUAAAGUAUCUGGGUACCAUUAUGGACUUCUCACUUGUGAAAGCUGCAAGGGAUUCUUUAAGAGAACGGUCCAGAAUAACAAAAGGUACACGUGUAUAGAAAAUCAGAAUUGCCAGAUCGACAAAACACAGAGAAAACGGUGCCCUUACUGUCGAUUUCAAAAAUGCCUAAGUGUUGGAAUGAAAUUGGAAGCUGUGCGAGCUGACCGAAUGCGUGGCGGUCGAAACAAGUUUGGACCAAUGUACAAGAGAGACAGGGCACUGAAGCAGCAGAAGAAAGCUCUUAUCCGAGCAAAUGGACUCAAACUGGAGGCAAUGACUCAGGUGAUCCAAGCAAUGCCGACUGACCUGACAAUAUCCUCUGCAAUCCAGAACAUCCAUUCUGCCUCCAAGGGCCUACCUCUGAACCAUACUGCCUUGCCUCCUACAGACUAUGACAGAAGCCCCUUUGUAACCUCUCCAAUUAGCAUGACAAUGCCACCCCAUGGCAGCUUGCAAGGUUACCAGACCUACAGCCAUUUUCCAAACCGUGCUAUCAAGUCUGAGUACCCUGACCCUUACACUAGUUCACCAGAGUCAAUAAUGGGCUACUCCUACAUGGAUAGUUAUCAAACAAGCUCACCAGCAAGUAUUCCACACCUGAUACUGGAACUCCUGAAAUGUGAGCCAGAUGAGCCACAAGUCCAAGCUAAGAUCAUGGCGUAUCUGCAGCAGGAGCAAGCCAACAGAAGCAAACACGAGAAGCUCAACACGUUUGGACUUAUGUGCAAAAUGGCUGACCAAACCCUCUUCUCCAUUGUUGAGUGGGCUAGGAGUAGCAUCUUUUUUAGAGAACUUAAGGUUGAUGACCAAAUGAAGUUGCUUCAGAACUGCUGGAGCGAACUCUUAAUUCUAGAUCACAUUUACCGGCAAGUGGUACACGGGAAAGAAGGCUCCAUCCUUCUAGUUACUGGGCAACAAGUGGAUUAUUCUGUAAUAGCAUCCCAAGCUGGAGCCACCCUGAACAAUCUGAUGAGCCACGCACAAGAGUUAGUAGCAAAGCUUCGUUCCCUGCAGUUUGAUCUACGAGAGUUUGUAUGCCUCAAAUUCCUGGUGCUGUUUAGUUUAGAUGUUAAAAACCUUGAGAACUUCCAGCUUGUGGAAGGUGUUCAGGAACAAGUGAAUGCUGCUCUGCUGGACUACACAAUGUGUAAUUACCCACAGCAAACAGACAAAUUUGGGCAGCUUCUCCUGCGACUACCAGAAAUCCGGGCCAUCAGCAUGCAGGCCGAAGAAUACCUCUACUACAAACACCUGAACGGGGAUGUGCCAUGUAAUAACCUUCUCAUUGAAAUGCUGCAUGCAAAGAGAGCAUAA